UUCAUCUGUCACCCGGCGCCGCGACACAAGCAAAAGCAACCGUCUGUCUGUCGAUAUCGCCGCAGCAAAAAAGUAAAAUUUCAUCGUCUCAUCGCGUUUUCUCGCGGCCGUGGUUUUUUCCUCGCAAGGAACGAAAAAAGUGUGCAAAAGCUACCGGAACACCCAGACGCCGUCCCCGCUGUCGGAACUUGAAGCGCUCGAGCUGUGUGCCCCGUGUUGUGUGCUGUACGGUUGUGGUCCCGGUUUCUAGGUCCGCAGAAAGUGCCCCGAAAAGGUCGUCACAAUGGCGUCCUAUCAGAUUGCGAAUUUGCUCGAGAAGAUGACGUCCAACGAUAAGGACUUCCGCUUCAUGGCCACCAACGAUUUGAUGACCGAGCUGCAGAAGGACAGCAUCAAGCUGGACGACGAGUCGGAGAAGAAGGUGGUCCGCAUGGUGUUGCGCCUGCUCGAGGACAAAAACGGCGAGGUGCAGAACCUGGCCGUCAAGUGUCUUGGUCCGCUGGUGAACAAGGUUAAGGAGAAUCAGGUGGAAACGAUCGUGGACUCGCUGUGCGCCAACAUGGUCUCGAACAACGAACAGCUGCGGGACAUUUCGAGCAUCGGGCUGAAGACGGUCAUUUCGGAGCUGCCGCAGUCGUCGAACUCGCUCGUUCCGAACGUGUGCCAGCGCAUCACGGGCAAGCUGAGCAAUGCCAUCGAGAAGGAGGACGUCUCGGUGCAGCUGGAAGCGCUGGACAUUCUGUCGGAUCUGCUGUCGCGAUUCGGCGAUCUGUUGGUGCCGUUCCAUGAUUUGAUUCUGAAGGCGUUGGUUCCGCAGCUGGGUUCGGCCCGCCAGGCCGUUCGCAAGCGUACGAUCGUGGCGCUGUCCCACCUGCUGACCACGUGCAACAGCAACGCGUACAACAAGGUGAUCGAGCACCUGCUGGACGGGCUGGAGAAGCCCCAGAACCAGGGCAUGGUGCGGACGUACAUCCAGUGUUUGGCGGCCAUUUGUCGGCAGGCCGGUCACCGGCUGUGCAACCACAUCGAGCGGGUGAUGGUGCUGCUGAACCAGUACAGCCACCGGGACGACGACGAGCUGCGCGAGUUCUGUCUGCAGGCGUGCGAGGCGUUCGUGCAGCGAUGCCCGGAGGCGAUCAUGCCGCACAUCCCGUCGAUUGUGGACCUUUGCCUGAAGUACAUCACGUACGAUCCCAACUACAACUACGAGGCGGACGACGGCGACGGCGGGGUUGCGAUGGACAUGGAGGACGACGAGGACGGUGACAGUGAGGAGUACAGCGACGAUGACGACAUGAGCUGGAAGGUGCGCCGUUCGGCGGCCAAGUGCUUGGAGUCGGUGAUUUCCACGCGGCACGAGCUGCUGGAAGAGUUUUACAAGACGCUGUCGCCGGCGCUGGUUGCGCGAUUCAAGGAACGUGAAGAGAACGUCAAGUCGGACAUUUUCCACGCGUACAUUGCGCUGCUCAAGUCGACGCGGCCCAUCGGCGACGAUAUCGGGCACGAUCCGGACUCGAUGGAGCAGGUUCCGAGCUCGAUCUCGAUGCUGCAAGAUCAGGUGCCGAUGAUCGUGAAGGCGGUGCAGCCGUUGAUGCGCGAAAAGUCGGUCAAAACUCGGCAGGAUUGUUUCCUGCUGUUGCGCGAGCUGUUGAACGCCCUUCCGGGGGCGCUUUCCAACCACAUUGACCAGCUGAUGAGUGGCAUUCACUACUCGUUGAACGACAAGAAUUCCACGUCCAACAUGAAGAUCGAUGCGCUCGGAUUCGUGUACGUUAUGCUUGGGGGACACAAUCCGCAGGUUUUCCAUCCUCACAUCAAAACGCUGGUUCCGUUGGUUGAAGCAGCGGUGUUUGAUCCCUUCUACAAGAUCGCUACCGAGGCUCUGCUGGUUCUGCAGCAGAUGGUGAAGGUCAUCCGGCCGCUGAACAUUCAGACCAGCUUCGAUUUCUCCCCGUACGUAGCUCCGCUGUACUCGAGCACUCUGCAGAAGCUCCGUUCUCCGGAGGUUGAUCAGGAAGUGAAGGAACGUGCGAUCGCCUGCAUGGGCCAGAUCAUCGCAAACAUGGGCGAUGUGCUGCAGCAGGAGUUGAUCACCUGUUUGCCACUGUUCAUGGAGCGUCUGCGCAACGAAGUGACCCGGUUGAGUUCGGUCAAAGCACUCACCAUGAUUGCCGCGUCGCCGCUGCGAGUUAACCUCAGUCCCAUCAUCUUGGAGGUCGUUCCCGUGCUGGGAUCGUUCCUGAGGAAGAACCAGCGCGCCCUCAAGUUGAACUCGCUGACGCUGCUCGAUACGCUGGUCAACCACUACAACCAGUUCAUCGACCCGAUGUUGCUGCGCAACGCCGUGGCCGAGGUUCCGCCGCUACUCUGCGAGUCCGACCUUCACGUGGCUCAGCUAUCCCUGGUUCUGUUGACCACCGUCGCCCGUCAGCAACCGCAGGCUUUGGUUGGCGUUCACGAGCAGAUCCUGCCGGAAGUCAUGACCCUGGUGCGUUCGCCACUGCUGCAGGGAACCGCCCUGAACUGCACGCUGAACCUGUUCCAGGCCCUCGUGGUGGCCAACCUGCCCGGGCUCAGCUAUCGCCACCUGUUGAACAUGCUGAUGCAUCCCGUGCACAACCAGGUGCAAGGUCAACCGCUGCACAAGCAGGCCUACCACUCUCUGGCCAAGUGCAUUGCCGCGCUCACGCUGCAGGUGCCGAACGAGGCCGUUGCCGUGGCCAAGGAGUUCCUGCGUGAAAUUCAGAACCGACGUAGCGAUGCUCACUUGGUGUUUUACCUGCUGACGAUUGGGGAGAUUGGACGGCACUUCAACCUCAACUCGAUCGACUCGCUCGCCCAGAUCAUCCUGAACUGCUUCUCGGCCUCGUCGGAGGACGUAAAGGGAGCGGCGUCGCACGCGCUCGGAGCCAUCGCCGUCGGAAAUCUGACCCACUACCUGCCCUUCAUCCUGAACGAGAUUGAAGCCCAGCCGAAGCGACAGUAUCUGCUGCUGCACUCGCUCAAGGAGGUCAUCACGUCACUGUCGACCAGCAAGCAAGGCCUGGAGCAGCUGCUCCCGUCGGUGCCCUCGAUCUGGGGUCAGUUGUUCAAGCACUGCGAAUGCUCGGAGGAAGGCUCGCGCAACGUCGUGGCCGAAUGUCUGGGCAAGCUGGUGCUUGUGAACCCGGAAGAGUUGCUUCCCCAGCUGCAGAUGGCGCUGCGCAGCGAGAGUCACCUGAUGCGGACGGCCGUCGUGACCGCCAUCAAGUUCACCAUCUCCGAUCAGCCCCAGUCGAUCGAUCCGCUGCUGCGACAGUGCAUCGGACAGUUCUUGAUGGCGCUGCAGGACCCGGAGCCGGCCGUCCGGCGAGUGGCGCUUGUCGCGUUCAACUCAGCCGUGCACAACAAACCGAGCUUGGUGCGCGAACUGCUGCCCGAACUCCUGCCCCAGCUCUACUCCGAAACGAAGGUCAAGAAAGAUCUGAUCCGCGAAGUCGAGAUGGGCCCGUUCAAGCACACCGUUGACGACGGAUUGGACAUCCGGAAGGCGGCGUUCGAAUGUAUGUACACACUGCUCGAGCAGGGACUGGACCGGGUGGACAUCAUGCUGUUCCUGGAACACGUGCAGGCCGGCCUCAAGGAUCACUACGACAUCAAAAUGCUGACCUACCUGAUGACCUCCCGACUCGCCGUGCUGUGCCCGUCCGCGGUGCUUCAGAAACUGGACCAGUUCGUCGAUCCCCUGCGGGCAACCUGCACGCUCAAGGUCAAAGCCAACUCGGUCAAGCAAGAGUACGAAAAGCAGGACGAACUGAAGCGAUCCGCGCUGCGAGCCGUCGCCGCCCUGUUGCAGAUUCCAAAAGCAGACAAAAACCAGCACCUGGCCGAGUUCCUGUCGCUGAUCCGCAGCUCGUCCGAGCUGCAGCCCCUGUUCGAGUCCGUGCAGAAGGACUCGUCCGUGCUGACCAACGCCGCCAACGCCGACAGCCUCUCGAUGGACCAGAGCUAGGUGGAACGGCUUGCCGUUGGUGGUGGUGCGGCGGUCGCCUCUGCCUAUUGGUUCAAGAAACGCAAAGUAUGGUAAGUGAGGCAGAUGAAGCUCAUUUCGUUUUUCUGUUUUCUUCUCCGCGUUCUUCUUGUUUUGCGUGUGUGCGCGACCUGGUCAACAACAAUCACUUUUUCAGUUUCUCGCUUUCGUUCGAUGAUACGAAAGUUUAAAACAAAAACACAAUUAAAAAAAUGAACUGUAACUCUAACAGAAGAAAAAAACAAGCUCUGUGGUAAAAAUUGUACGUGUCGCUUGCAAGAAAGUACAGUAAAUUUAGUGGAAGUGAGCACGCACGACGAUCGGAGAGAAAACAAAUAAAAUCGUAUAGAAUACGAAACACACAUUUUAUGCUAAAACGCGUUAAAACGAACCCCAUUUAUGGAUGCAUUUAGUCUGAGAGGAACACGGUUUGUUCAUGAAAUUUUCUAAAAACACAUCUUGAUUGCCGUAAAACAUCAUUUUCAUCAUCAACAUUUUACGGAAUAACGCCCGUCAGGCGCAGCUAUUCGACGCCCCUGAAACACUUGGUACUUUUCCCAUUGAAAUUUAAACUGUCAAUUCGAUGAAAAACUUGACAACAGGAGCAUUUAAAGUUUAUUAUCUUAUAACCGCAAGUGUUUUACGGGCGUGGUCUAACUGUGACCUUUGAUAGGGCCAAUUUAAUACAUAUUCACGUAAAAAAAAAAACAAACGCGCUGUAAAGAAAUCUCUGUCUGUACUUUUUUAUAAUUUAAAACAAAAAACCUUCUGACGUAUCUACACACCACAAAAUCAAUCGGAUACCGACACGGCAAUAGUUUAUUGUUAAACGAAAGGACGUUAAUAAAAUUAGGCUGAAACCUCAAAACCUGUCCAUCACAA